AUGUGGUGCAAAUCUGAUAAGGAGAAGUCAGUUUAUGGUGAAUGUGUUAAAAUUUUAAAGAUAAGAACUGUUAUUACUGAUGAAUUUGCAAUAGAUUGUCAUCUAUCUGAAUUUUAUUAUCUUACAAAUACUCAGAAUUCUAAGAAAAAUCUUAUUUUUGGUCAUGACAUAAGUCAAUAUUAUUGUUUUUUAAUUAUGGGAAACUCUCGCCCAUCUGUGUCUUGUUGCAUUAUAUGUGUUGGUGAAGGACCAGUCAUUUCUGUAGUGCCUCUUGACUUGCCUUGGAAUGAAACUCUUCUCCUGAAGCCUUCUGUGAAAGAGAUCAAAGUCAUAAAUGAUGGACCAAUUCCUGCUGCUAUUGAAGUUACGCUUAUCAAAACCAAAUCACCCUGGAGCAUCAGCCCCACAUGUUUUAUGAUAAAUCCAGAUGAAACCAAACUUAUUGAAGUCGUGAUAUAUCUGACUGAUACUGGUAACUACAGUGACACCAUGGAGAUAAAAGUCACAAACAGCAGAACCAUUACUGUAAACUUAACAGCAAUUGGAAUUGGAACCAGUAUAACUGUUGAACCUCCUAUUUCUACUGUGGAUCUUGGCUUACUGUACAUAUCACAAAAGAUUGUAAAAGAGUUUGUUCUUGAGAAUAGGGGCACAAGGCAUCAUCAGCUUGUGUGGUCACCAGUGGCAGAUAUGAAAGAUAAUGCAAAAUCUGCAGUCGAAUUCCCAAAACAUUCAGUAUUCUGUAUAGAGCCAUGCAAGUUUGAUUUGGCUGCAAAAGAGCAAGAAAUCCUUUUGCUGAAAGUUGAGUGUUCAGAAAUCUGCAGGAAAACAGAAAAGAUAUACUGCCAUGCUGUAAUUAACUACAAAGAAAAGAAACAGUCACUGCUAGUGUGUGAAAUUACAGCUUCAUUUAUUGAACCAGUCCUGAAAUUUUCCAAAGAAAAUGUUGCAUUUCGUGUUGAUAUGGGGCCAGACGACACCCUGGAUAUAUUAAGAGGUAAUACAGUGUUACUUUUAUAUUGUUUGCCAUGGAAAAUACUACACAUACUUUUUGGUGUAGUUCCUGUUUAG